UCAGGCCUCUCCUAAUCUGUGACGCGAUUGGUCGAGUCUAACCUUCAUACCGGAAGUGAGAAAGAAGCGACAGGAGUAAGCGUCGUCCAAGAUGGUGUCCACCAGGAGAAGUGUGCGUGUGAGCUCUCCAGCUAAAACAAACCCCGACCAGUCCUCAGACGUCCCGGCCACUCCCUCCACUGGUCGGACAACAAGGAGAACUGCUAAACGAGCAGAGAGUCCUACCCAUGAUGCCCUUGUGGAGACCAGCAGCCAGCUUGAGAAAAGUGAGAGUGUGUCUCCAGCAUCUCCGCCACCCUCCUUGAUGAAAAGAUGCACCAGAGCUUCCAGACUCCACAGUCCAGAGCAGCCCUGCACACCCGUGGACUCAACCCAUGAAGGAGACGUGUCAGACGUAGGGUCCUGCUGCUCUGCGUUGUCCGACAUCGAACCACUGGUGUCACGGACCAGAGGCAAGAGUAGAACUCUCCGGACAGUCAGUCCGGAGGAUGAGGAGAUAUCUGAGGUGGAGUCGUGCUCCUCUGCAGUGUCUGCAUUGAAUGCUGGUCAAAUUAUUCGCAAGAGCACCAGGAGAAAGACAUGUCCUGACCCGGCUCCUGCAUCCACUGACCCGUGUCAGGCUCCUCUUGAGGCAGAAGACGUCAAACAGAUGCUGGAGACAGAGUCCUGCAGCGCUGGGGCUUCUGAAUCCAAGAGAGUCACCAGAAGCCUGAGGAAAAGUGCUCGCGCCAGAUCAACUGCUAAUCGACAAACUGAAGACUCGGAGGUCUCAGAUGCUGAAAGCUGCGCAUCAAGUGUCUCAGGAGCUGCAGUUACUAGGUCCACAGCUCGCAGAGCCACGAGAUCCAGAAGAUCAGCACAUCACAUCCCCAUGGACCUAGACGAGGCCUCGGACUGCUCUCGUUCCCCUGCUCCGAGAGGGCGACAGACCAGGGCAGCAAGAGGAAAGGCAUCAGUGACUGUGUACGAGAGUGAUCCCCCGUCUCCCAACUCUGAUGGCUUUGAGUCGGGGCCCACUUACAGUAUAACCACUCGCAGGCGGGGCAAGGCACAACCCCAAGGCCCCAAAGCCUUGGACUCGGACUCUGACCUGACGGACAGAGGAACUCCCUGCAGCAGCCGCACGGGCUCAGGGAACAGCAGUCGAGGUGUUCGGAUAACUAGAAACUCUGUCAGAAGUCUUUCUAUUGUUCUAGAAAAAGUCAGCGAGCCGACGGAGGACAGCUCAUUAAAUGACUCCAGGUUAGAAAGCACGCUGAUCACUGAGGACGCAGACCGCACACUGUCAGAGGAACCUAUGAGCCAAACACCAGAAGAAAAAGAAGAUGUGAAUGGAGCUGAUCUCACAUCAAAUGGGGCAGAUACAAACGAAGAGGAAGAAGUUAUUGCGAGUACAGUUGAUCUUGCGUCAACUGAGGCGGAUGCAAACAGAGAGGAAAAGGAAGAAGUUAUUGUGGAUAAAGUUAAUCUCACAUCCAAUGAGGGGGAUACAAUUGAAGAGGAAAAGGAAGAAGUUAUUAGUGAGCCUGCAGUAAUGGUCAAAGACCAGCAGGAGGAGCCAUCUGCUGAAAAUAAAGACAAAGACACAUCGGAGGUGGAAAUGAUGCAGGAAAUGAUCGAGUCAUCAGAGCCGUUAAAGCAUUGCCAAUCAGUUACAGUAACAGAAUGUGAGAAGGCCUCUGGAAUCAUAGUAGUGGAGGAGGAGGACCAAACCAUGGAGGUAGCUGAUGUGGGGACACACUCGUUACAGGGAGAUGAGGCUGUGGAUAAAGAUGCAGUUGUAGAAACUGGGCCCAGUGAUGAGGAGAAAAUGGAAGUGACCACUGUGAACACAGAUGCUCAGCAGGUGGUCGACUCCAGCGAGGUCCAAGUCGAGUCCAUUCAGGUAACAUCGAGCCAGCAACUAAUCAUCACACUGGAUUCUGAACCUGAACAGCAGGAGAAAGAUGUCGUUGUCCAGAAAGCUAAAGUCAUCAGCCUUCUGGAGAGCAGCGAUGAUGAAGAGGAGGGGGACAUUUCUGGAGACGAGGAGGAAUUAGGGUCCGGGAAAGAGGAAGAGAGAGCUGGACCGUCUAAGAAUUCUGAAGCAGCCGCUGCAUCAGUGGGAGGACUGUUUAUGGUCGACACGCGGCCCGGACAAGAAGCUGACGAACAUUACUGCAAGGACAGACUAACAGAGGACGUGGAGGCCAAAGAAAGAGAAGAUGAACAGGAGGAGCAGGAUGAAGAGUUUGUGGAUGAGGAGGGAGAUGAUGACGAUGACGACGAAGAUGCAAAAAUCCUCUUCUCGUGUCGCAAUCCUCAGCUGAGUGAUUUUUCCACCCGCAUCGACCCGGGCAUCAAAAUGAAGCAGUUGGGGGGUUUAUACAUCAACUUUGGCGGCAGCAGCAGCUCAAAACCUGCCUCCACCUCAUCCAAGGAAAAGAAGAUCCAAGAUGAGGUGAUGAAGAAAAGUGUGAUUGGACCAGAAUUUGAAAAGAUGGAUGCGGUGCCUCCGUACAGUGAAUCCAAACAAGCCUUAAAACUGAAACACAGAGCAGAGAGGGAGAAAUCCACAGGAGAUGGUUGGUUCAAUAUGAAAGCCCCUGAGCUCACUCAGGAGCUGAAAGGAGACCUCCAAGUCCUGAAGAUGAGGGGCACCAUGGACUCAAAGAGGUUCUACAAGAAGAACGACAGAGAAGGUUUUUCCAAGUAUUUUCAGGUUGGUACCGUGGUGGACAGUCCAGUCGACUUUUAUCAUUCCCGUGUUCCCAAGAAAGAGAGGAAGAGGACGAUGGUGGAGGAGCUUCUGGCUGACGCUGACUUUAGACAUAAAAACAAAAAGAAAUACCAGGAAAUCAUGACAGAGAAAGCAGCACAAGCAGCCGGCAGGAAGAACAGGAAGAAGAAUAAAUUCCAUAAGAAGUGAAUGUAAAGACUUUGAGUGGAUUCAGCUCCUGUAGCAGGAGGUGGAUUUUUGUCGAUGAUUGAAGGUUCAAUCAUAUUUUGGAUCUGGAACCUGAAGCUUCAGUGAAUCCUUCUCAUUUCUGACCUUCAUCUCUGAACAUGGACUGAGGUUGUAUGUCAACUGAAACAUUGGACAAAUCAAGUGGAUUGAGUGAUAUUACAACUUGUGAUUAUUUUGUAGUGAUUAUGGUGCAGGCUUCUAUUCACAAGUAUAACAACAGAUUUUUAAUCACAUCGACGUGUACACUUUGCUGUGCAGAAAUUAUUGUCAUCCACACAACGCAUCUAACAUUAAAAUAUUUAGUUUUGACUGGAA